CAUAGGCUGACUGCUGUGGCGAUGAGGCGGUCUGAAGGAGUCUGGAGUCAAAUUCCUGAACACGUAGGAGCUCCUCGCGCUCCUCGCGCUGCUCCAACACGACGCACGACGCACGACACAGGGGCGCAACGAAUAACGGAUUACUGAUCGCUCAUCGAUGAGACACAGAUUUAAAUGAAUUUGGCCUCUUCUGCCAUUAUGCUGCACCAAACCGUGGGAUGUUUUUGUUCUUCCAUUUCUCCACAAGAAACAUGACACGAGGAUCUUUUUUUUCUCUCUCUCCAGACCGUCUUGUUCAUGCGCAACCCACUUGUUUGCCGCAGAGAAGAAAUGUAAGACUCUGAAGUACGAGUAGGCUAUCAAUACUGUCAGGAAAUGUUUGUUAUGGACAAAAGAGCGCGUGUGGAAAGCCGGUUUCACACGUCAUUCCAAAGCGGGGAGAAAAAGCAAAGCCUGGGUUCAUUUUUUCCACAACGGAAAUGAGAUCAGUCCCACUGGCUGGCUGCACUUCUUCUAAAACAUGGUCGAUGUAACUCCAUGUAUGUACAGCAGCACCGGGAUCUGAUACUCGCGUACUUCUGCCCACACACAGCUUGUUGUUAGUGGGAAGAUGUUUGCUGGACUGAUGGGGCUGGAAUGUCGGAGCAACUCUCUGCUUCACCACUGCGAAGUCAUGGAAGGUGGCAGAGCUUCGGGGACAGCUGGCAGCUCCGCUCGUAAGAGGUUUCACCGAAGACCGGGGUACAUGAGAGGAGAGCAGUCCAGACUACAGAGCACCACUCAUGGGCAGGAGGACGAGGAGGAGGAGGAGGAGGAGGAGGAGGAGGAAGGGAGGUCCACUUGCAUUCGGAACGGAAAAUCCGGACGUCACACUGACAUCACUGAGGGAAGCAGCGCUCAGAAUGAGCAACAUCCCGAUAAACUCACAUGUAGCUCCUGGAAGAGUACGAGUUUUCUCUGCUCUGUCACCGCUCCUCUUCCUCACGUGGACUACAGGGCCAGUCAUGGUGCAUCCAGCCACCAGGGUCCGUCCUCUCUGCCUCAGAAGGAACUCAGGUUAAGGCCGAGCCCGGCCGUCCGGUCCUCACAAGAGGACUCCUUUAACUCCAGCUUCAGUUUCAUCCGGCAGUCUCUCAACUCCAGCCAGAGGACAGACGCAACCACUGCCACAGCGCCCUGGGAACCAGAACCACUAAGUCGGUCAACUGAAGCACUUAGUUCGCCUCGGACAAAACCAGCAGCCUUGUCCACUGGGCACAAUGUCUCAAAACAGUCAAGUCUUGUCCAAUCACCGCCCUCCUGCUCUCCAAGCAGCCGGGCGGAGCAAGAGGAGCCGUCAUUGGGCGGGAGGUUUUGGCGAGAGUGUCUGGGGGAGUUCACGGCAGACCUGCCUGACAGUGACUCACGGUCUCUGGACAUUGAGAUCACCUCCUCCAUGUCCGUGGACUCAGACACCGCCUCCGCCUCCUCCGUCACCUCCGGCUACGAGAGCGCCACGCCCACCUCCGACCACGGCUGGGACAACCUGGUGAAGAAGUACGAGGGCGUGCUGCAGGACUGCCUCCAAAACAACCGCACGCACACCAAGAUUGAGUCCAUGAUGUUGAAGCUGCAGAGGCUCCAGCAGAAAGCCAUUCAGGAUGACGACUAUGACGCAGCUGAACGUUUUGGGGAAAAGCUGGAGGAGCUGUGCAGGGAGCGGGCCGCUCUGAAGCUGGGUUUACCCUCGAGACAGCCCAGCGUGGCUCUGUUCCUGGAGCGGCUCACACGGGUGGUGCACAGCGCCCUCCAGAGGACAGACUGCAGCCAGUGCAGGGAGACUGUAGAGCCAGACGCGAGGGAGCGGUCCGACUCACUGCAGCGCAGAGAUCGCCUGAUCCAAGAGAAACGGCUGGUGGAGGAGGAGAUAGAAGCACUGCAGCAGAGGCUGACGGAGCUGAAGGACUGCAGCCAAUGCCUGGAGCAGCAGAUCCAGCGGGAGGAGCAGCAGGUGGAGGCCGAGGAGCUGGAGGGCUCCGUGCUGAGGAGCCGCUCCGUGGCCCAGCUCCGCAACAUGAGCCGGACCCUGCAGGACCUCGUCACCUCUGAAAACCGCGCGCAGAUCUCCGUCUCUCCUUCGCCCUCGCUGCUCAGGUGGGCGUCACAUGUGUGCAGAAUAUUGUGUCACGUGGCACGACAAGUGUACCAACUGAAAAAAGAAAAGAUACCCCAUCAUGGCUGUUCUCUCUGUUUCUCUCUCCGUAUAGAAAGCCGGCUCAAAGAGAACACUACCAGGUACAUCAAGACAUUGGAGGACAGAUUGCACAGCUGUGGCUGUCCGGGCUUGGAGCGGAUCUGGGAAGCCGACCUGGAGGCGUGUCAUCUGUUCUUGCGAGGCCCCCAGUUGCGGACCCCCAGCUGCAGCAGAGGAGACAGCGAAGACCGCCCCGCCGCAACAGUUUAUCCUCCAGCCCGGCCGUGCACCAAAGAAGAAGAAGAUUGCGCCAUGCUGACUGCGUUAGGCGGCCGCUGGUGUCCCGAGGCCAACUUGCAGAACUCAGAGUUCACAAAGAAAUUGGAGGAGUUCUUGUUCUGCAUGGAGGAGAAUCCCCCAGAGGAUGGGUGCAGCGCAGCUGCAGACCUGACGGAGCGCUGCGAGCUGAUCAGUGACAGGUUAUUGACCUUGGAAGAUGAAUUGCAGACGGCCAUACUGAACCGGGAUCAGGCCCUCACCCAGUCGUUGGAAAAGGAGGUUCAGGAAGUAAAAGCCACUUUACAAACCAUGCUCGCACAGCUCGAAGAGGAGGAAGAGGAAGUGAAUGGGUUACAAGAUGACGACCUCAUGAAGAACGGAACUGAGGAAGAAGAAGAAGAAGAAGAGGAGGAAGAAGAAGAAGAAGAAGAAGAGGAGGACCAGUACUUUAGUGACAGCUGGGGCAUUUGAAAUGGAUUUGUGUAGGGUUUUAUGACCACUCACACACAGACCCGCUCUCUGAGAGGCUGACCUCAGCUUUGCAGUCGGAGUGACCCCUCAUCCAUUUACUGUAAAGCCUCUGUGGUACCGCAGAGAGCCACAGUACAAAGCCUGGGAGAGUCUGUGUAACAUUUCAUCCAUUUAGAAAUGGAAAAACAUGAAUGAUUUGAUAUAAAUGCAAAAUAUAAGACACUUUAAUACAUUUUUUUAAGAAGAUCCUCAAAUCUUAGUUUAACCAGGUAAUGAGCGCCUCAGGCCAAAGCAAUCAUUUUUUAAAAUUAGGAUGUUUUUGCAUUCAGGUUCUCGUCUUACAAGUGAUGGGCAAUUAGGUAGAAUUUGUUUUUUCAGUAUUUACUGUUCAAGCAUUUUACAAUUUAAGGUGAUUAUUUGGUUUAUUGGGGGUGUUUUUCUCAGUAAUGUCAGGUACACAGAGAUAUCUAUCCAGAGUUUUUCAAUUUAAUGACAAAAAUGCCUGAAACCAAACUGAAGCAGAAAGAAAUCACUAAACCGCUCACCACAACCACCUGUUUGAAUUCUGGCAAAUGGACAAAGUAAACAUGUUUUACUGGUAACAGUCUCGCACACAGGAACUAAAACGUAAGCUUAAUCUUUAGGGUCAGCUCGGCACUUUUGUGUGUUUUCUGUACGAUUGGACUCCAGUUACGCGUCAUUUUGUCCAUGAAAUAACUCAUUUGUGGUGCUACAGAAUGUGAGCUAACUUGAACACUUUAUUGUUUUGUUUUUUUUGUGUAGAAAAAGGUAAUAUUUAGAGUUGUUUUCCUCCCAGUCUUAAAGCACUGUAUGCUGGGAGAGAUGCUCUGCAUUUUAAAAUACAUCCGUCACAAAAGUAAAAUUGUGUCGUAUUGAAGGAUAAAAUAUCAGUUUGUUUUUCUAAAGUCUUUGUAUUGAUUGUACUGAUUAUGUGUAUAUUUACUUAAUGUCAGCACAGAAUCCUCAUUCCACUGGGUGUCACAUGACUUCUUGCCAGAAACAUUUUUGUACUUUCACCCAUUAAUCAGUUUUUUUGUAUUUUGUAUUUACUGUGCAGCUAAAACUCGCUGUAUCAUAUUUCAUAUUUAUUCCUUACAGCAGCUCACUAAUUACAGCAUGUACCAUUCAGCCUCAUGUUGUGUCCCGCUGUUUCCUUCUUGUGUGGAGUUACAGCCCCUCUGCGUAUUCUCCCUCGUAUAAAAUGUGCGGGCAUGCAGCCAGGCACGUGAGGGCAGUGGUGACAUGUAGGAGACAUCAAUACGGUAAUAAAAGGUCCUCUAGUGAGGUCUUUAGGGGAUACAUGGGCUUCUAUUGUUAUCUCGCCUCAGCAGCGAUGGUGUGGCUAAUUGGGGGGGGGGGCGGCCUCACAGAGGACAUGGUGUGGGAAAAUGGGAUGAUGUUGCUUUGUCUCCAUCUGAUUCUGCCCUGUGUUUUUGGAGCAGGGGCCUGUUCAGGGGAUCCUCAGAGGCCUCGUCUGCAGUCCCGCGCUCUCUGGCCCGUAAACACAGCUGAGUGCUCAGGUGUUUGUUUUCCAGCAGCACAAUGGGCCUUUUCUCCCUGGCAGGUUGCAAGCCACUUGCCAGGCCAGAAGUCUCCACAUCUGUCAGCGUCAGGUGGCGUACAGACAGAGCCCUGACACACACACACACACACACACACACACACACACACACACACACACACCUCCCUGACAAACAGCCUCACCUCAUAAUUGAAUCUGUGCUUGCGCCAUACUGCGCCCCGCACGGCAGCUCUGCUCAUAAAAUGGCCACGAAAAAAAAGAAAGAAAGAAAGACCCCGAUGGUUUUCAGCAGGCGGAUAUAGCAGGGUGAGAUGUUUCCUGGUGUAAAGUGAAGGCGCCAUGCAGUGCACGGUCCUUUGUCCUGGCAAGGUGGUUGCUAUGAUAUUGCACAGCAUUUUCCAAACAAUGCGUCCUUGAUUACGAUUAAAGGAAGACAAAAGCAGGCUGAAAUUACCACUGCUGUUAGCAGAUUUUAUCAGCUGUAGCUAGCUAGAUAAUUGACCUAACCUCAGCUUAGUUGAUUGAAGUUUAGUUGAUGUUAAUGAUUUAAAUUACUAUUUUAAAAAAUGUCAUCUCUGGCUAAUUUUCCAGCUGUUCCUGGCCGACUUAAAAUAACAACCCUCUAAAAUGGGUUCUAAAGAUGCACGUACAUGAUCCAUUACAUGGCAUUGUGCUAAAGCUCCACCUUCCCUGCAGCUCCACUUCACUUCACUUCACAUGCGGACAAAUCCUAAAGAUUGACAGACCUGCUGUGCCUAGUUACGGUUGCUAAGCUGCGAUUGGACAAUCGCUGCUCGGGGGAGCCGGUUGGCACAUGGGUUGGAUAGUCUCCUGGCAGUUUUCUGUUCAUGCAGCGUGCAACUUUUCUACAUUUGAGUAAAUCAAUCAGCAUUAACGAUACAAAACGUGCCAGUGAGGUGAGAUGAAUGCCUGUGUCAGAUACUAAUUGAUUCAUUUUCAGGAAUUGUCAUUUGUCACUUUUGGUUUUCAUGCACACAAACAUGUUGAGUUGAAACAAGAAAAGAGAGAUGGAUGAAACUAAAUAAUUUAGCAUCUAAAAAUGACAAGUGAUGCCCCCCCCCCCCUUAUCCACAUGUUUCUCUGGAUUUAUGAAUAAUAUUUCUUGACUGAAUGAAUGAUUUUUGGAGUGCGUCUGUAUCAGGGGAUUUGGGUCCGAGAUUUGGAUUUGUUUUUUUGAUACCCUGCCGAGUUGUUCUGUUGUCUGACAGGUACAUGUACAAACUCUCUGAACCAAGGGAGAAUCAUAUCGUGUUGCAGAUUGUCCUCUCGCAUAGCGUCUCAGACACCACUAAUGAAUGCAAAUUUAGUUUUUUUUUAUGUGUUCAUGCAUUUCACAUCCUCAGAGAUCCUUGUAUGCUCCUCUGCAGCUGACACCUCCGUUAUGUGUGUGCGACUGCGUGUCAGUUCUGCUCAUUGAGUCGGUGAAGUUAACUCUCCUGAGAGUGGCUUUUUGUGCAGAGCAAAAAAAAAAAAACUGGACAUUGAACUCACCGCAGCCAACUCUUUACCGUGGUUUUAGGCGCUCAUUCAAAGUUGAAUAAAUUCAACUGAGCAUUUAAAUAGGGAGGAUAUUCCUGUGGAAUUAAUAAGCAUUUGGAUUAUUUCAUUACAAGUCUUCCCAACUCAAAAUCUGCAUAUUUCUCUGCACAAACAAAACAAACGGAGCAGACUGAGCAGAGACUACAGGAAAAUAGCCUGCCUUGUUCUUUUUCCUGUGGUCUGAAAAUCACACUUAAUUAUCAACACUGUGCCAGUGGGAGCUGCAGUCUCCUCAGAAACAGACCAUCACUUAUGGCUCCAUUUUAAAAUCACACAAUUGGAGGAAAUGCACUCAGAGUUGGAAGCACAUGUGUAUUUUUUAUCUUCUUUUUUUUUGAUAUCUAAUUCACAACACUUGCCCUUUAAGAAAUUACACAUGGAAAAAGUGGGGAGUGGAAGGUAUGCAUGAAACAAGUGCAGAGAGAGAUUUACAGAUUCUGCAGGAACCUGAUCAGAAAUAUUACUCCUUCACAUAUUUAAUCAUUCAGACCGAAGUUGAAAUAAUUAGCCUGCAUGUGGAUCUAUCUGAGCAGGAAGACCCUGAGGAAAAAAAUAACAGGAAGUCACAUUAAAAUAUAUAUUUAAAUCACUGCUGAUUCUAGCAGCUGAUAUCAUAUAUUCUAGAGCGAAUGAAAGGGUCUGAGGUACUGUGCACCACUGGGACUGGACUGAUGGUGGGAAGUGUAUGAUGAUGAUACAGUGCUGAGUAGACGUUCAUUGCAGAACAGGACUGUUCAAUAGCACUACUGUGAUUAGCCCUUACAGCCUUACUCCAACUGCCAUUCAAGAACAUACUGUACAUUACAACAUCAGUGAUCAAACCAAAUCAUGUUUCAUCUCCCCUUUGCUUGCAUCUCUGAAUCAAAAAUAAAAAAGCUGAAUCAAAAAUAACUACUGAACAAAGGAGCUCUAUAGGUGCAGCUGUUGAGGAUUUGAUUUGUAGUUCAGCAUCUGAUUUCACCUGCUGAUAUCAUCACUGCCACGCUAAAUGGCCGAGAUGCUUUACUUAUAGCCAACACAUGAUUGCAUUUACCUUCUUUCAUUUAGUUAGUGAUAUAGAGAGUGCUUAUAGAGCUGGUAUAAUAUUUAGGUUACUUAUAUUGUUGUUUUCUUCCUCACUGCGAGUGCUGUAGUGGAGGUGACUUUGCUCAAUACUGCGAUACUGAAAAAGAGAUUCAGAGGUUCAGAAACGUCGACAUUCAACAUAUGACGUGGUGUGCAGAAACGUACAGUAUCCCAAAAUAAUUCUGGCAACUGUGAUGAAAACUGUAUUACGUAAAGACAACACGCCUCAAAUCAGUACAUUUCUCUCAAUUUAACUGAGUGAACCUGAAGAAACGUGCUGAAGACAUUUUGGAUUAAAAAACAAAUACUUCUGAAUAGUGUCACAUACUGCGUAUUUAAUCCCUGUUAGAAGUAUAACAAGUGCUCAUGUCAGUCUGCUGGCAAUCACUUUAAAAAGCUUAAGCUUCUCUGCCCAUCAGAGCAACGAGAUCAAAGUCAAGAGGAGCUCUUGUGUGACACACCAUCUAAUCUCCUUCGAAGGAUUUACAGUAUCCACGUUUCUUUGCGAGGCGUCACUGUCAAACCUGAAACAACAGUUUUGACAGUGUUUCUGAAAAUAAAAAGGGUUUGGUUUGUUUUGAGCGUAGAGACGUUUGUGCUGCCAUUCUCAUGUGGGAUAUCAAAAGGAAUGGGAUACCCCGCUUUUAGCAAGCAGCGAAACCAGCAGCGGAAGGAAGCAACAGAGAAUUGAUUAUUACCCCCGUGUCCAAGCAGGAAAAACAUAGUGUUGGUAAUUCCUCCAGGGAGAGCUCCUUCAUUUAGAUCCACGGUGAAGCACUUCCUCCAAGAAGCCCAGACACCGGUUCACCUUGUAACGUCCCCAGGGGACGUGGCUGUCACUGGAAAGCUGAAAUAUCAUGCCGGCUCUGCCAUCCUUCCCACUUAGUCUCAAAAACAGGCAGGUACCACACCAGGGGGAGACAGGAUCGAUAGAUCUGAUGGAUGGAGCUGGCUGCCUUUAGGAGAGGGCUGGGGGGACGGAGGGGAGAGUAAUGAAAGCUCCUGUGAGCGAUGGGGAGGUUUCUGCCAUUGGAGGCUGAGCGCAUGGCCCGCUUUCCUUUCACGAGAGCUGCCAGUCCGGCCUAAUGAGACUUGGAUGGUUUCCUGUCCUGGGGAGGGACGGGUUGAUGCGAGAUGCUGCUUCUCAGCAGCUGUCAGUCUGUGUAGACCGGCCUGCACACGCAAAAGACGAGGAACGGGAGAUACGACAUUACCAGCACAGCGUGUGACGUUCACUGUUUUGGGGGCGUGGUUCUGAAUCCAGGACUGCUGGUUGUUUUUAUUUUCCCCAGCUAGAUAAGUGUAGCCACGUGGUGCUCCAGGUGUAAGACAGUCCUGAUUAAUGCCUAAAGCUGCACUAAUCUAUGUUUCUAUCAUAACAACGGAUCAAAUGACUCGAUGUGAAAGGGGUCGCUCGUAGUGAUGAACCCACGGAGAGUUUUCACACAAGGGCCGAUGCUAAUGAUGCUGGUUUUAUGCUGAAGAUGCAAAUGACAUUAAUAGUGUUUUAUUCAGGACUCGUUUGUUGUGAAACCCUUCUAGUGUGAAACACUGAGCCCCCGCAGGCUGUAAAAAGGAAGUGGCUUGCUGCUCGAUCAAGAACAGCAGCUCUGUUCAUCUUGGAUUCAUGUCACUUGCAAUUGAUUCUAAAUCGGUGUGAAAAAGUUCUUCUUCUUUCACCCUGCAGCACAGUCCACUCCUCCGGUGACAUUGCGUACAGUAUGCCUGGUGUAGUUCCAGUCCUUGUUUCAUGAAAAUAUGGCUAAAUGCAGUGCACUCAUGUCACACUAUCUCCAUCUUCAAACGCCCAACAGGAAGUAGAUUUUCUAUAGUAUCGCUUAAAAAGGUCCAGUGAAGGAUUUACUGGCAUCUAGCAGGUGAGGUGGCAGAUUGCGACCAACUGAAACUUCUCCCGUGCGUCAAGCUUGUAGGAGAACUACAGCGGCCGACGCAAAAGUGCAAAUGUCCAAAAUCUAGAGCCAGUGUUUGUUUGUUUGUUCUGGGUUACUGCAGAAACAUGGCGGUGCAAAAUGGCGGACUCCGUGGAAGUGGACCCGAUCCGUAUGUAGAUGUAAACCGCUGAUAUUCAACCUCAACACCCAAACAAAUAUCCUCCUUCAGACCCCCCUCUCAUUGUCACUGCCUUUCUCUAUAUACAUCGAUGGCCUUUCCUCUGUCCUGGUAACGAACGUCCCCUGUGAUCGGUUAGUACUGGACCAAUACAUCAUCAGUGAAGGGCCACGUGUGUGAUUUUUCUAUCUACUUUCAGUAAUCCACACAUGUCCACAAUCCACGUAUUCUGCCUUAUCAUACACUUCCUCUGUGACCUCUGUGACCCGAUGUUAAUGUUAUUUAUCUGAGGUUUUUUGACAUCAUAGAUUACUGUGUUGACCCUUGGUUGGCAUCUGACUUAUACUGCCGGUCCUGUAGAAAGGGGUCACUGACUGGGUCACGCUGAUCUCAUACUGGAGAAUUAAAAUAUUCAUCACUUUUGGUCUGAGUGAAAGUAUUACGUUAAAUUGUGUCUGUGACGAACAGUCUUCACACAGAAUCAUGGGUCUCUAUUACUGGACGGUGACUCUGUGUGUUCACUCAUGCCACACAUGUGCAUACACACACAAUUGAGUAAAUUUGACAAUAAAACACGCUAUUUAUAGCAAUUUAGCCUUGAGACAUGCAACAUUGUAAAACAUGUGUCAAGAGCAGCUAUAUGGGCCCUCUUAAACUUUCCCAUCCUUUGCAACGCUAACACACAACAAACAGAUGAUGAAGAGUGGCCCAAGGACA